AUGAAAUCAAGCAUAGCAAAGAAGGGCCCAGUUUUGCGCUGGGAUGUGGCGCAGGAGCGGCUGGUGUUCAAUCGGCAUGUCUUGCCCAACAGUAAGAAGCCGCUAGGAUGUCAUGCAACGGCAAAAGGGCUGGAGGUGAUGAAGCUUGGUGACUGUGUUGGUCGUGCGGAUGACGGUACGCGUUUUAUCAAGGAUGAGAAGGCGUUGGAAAAAGAGCUGGGUAUGCUCAAGAAGGCGCGGAAGGCGCUGAAGUUCUUUGGUAGCGUCCCGGCCUCGUGGAAGGAGAAACUAUUGGCGCCAAUCACGGGGGCGGAACUCUUGGCAGAAUUUGCAUACGUGAAGAAGACAGGAGAGGUGGGAGUUUGGAAGGUGGAGAUGGUGGGGCAAGAUGGGCUUGCCUGCCAAGAAUGCGACUGUUUCGAAGAGUCUCGGGUGGGGUCUGCGGAAGUAACUGCAGUUCUUGAUCUGGACAAGGUGGAGCCGUUGAUAUUGAGAGGUGGAAGGGUGAUUGGAGCAAUCGGGUUGCCUGAGCGCAGUCGCAACCUUAAGGUCAGAGUUGCAUACUCGCAGUGUGGUAGGGAAGAGGCAGCAGAGCACUUGUUCGGCCAAACCCGCAUUCAGUCUGUGGUACAGGGACUGCUGAAGGCCCUCCGUAUCAUCAAUCCAGGCAGGAAGAUUACUUUGCUAGUUGAUCUGCUGUACUAG